AUGACGCGACUAACUGUGUUGUUUACGAUUUUUCUCCUUACCAUCGGAUGCUGCUUCGCUGAGGAAGCAUCUCAGGGACAUGUGCACUGCACCUUUACCAGUUAUGCAGCGAAACGGCCAGGCGAAUAUGCCCUGCGUGUCGACGACAUUCCUACCGAGGUGGCUGACGUUGUGUCGCUGGUGGGAAUGCUCGAGCAUAGAACUACACUGAACCACACGAAUGUGAUCGCUCCUCUCAACAGCCAUACGAUUGACACCCGGGACCCGAACGAUGUAUCUAUAAAUCAUUCCUUGCAAUCGUGGCUCGACGACGGAUGUUCGGCGAACAAAAUGGUGCUGGGAGUUAAUUUCGUAGUUCAAACGUUCACCUUGGCGGAUCCCAAACACAAGGAAUUAGGUGCUCCAACAAGCGGUUCUGGCAAACCAUGCCCGGUAACUAAUGAGAAAGGUAUUUGUAGUUACAUGGAACUGUGCCAGGCAUUCAACCAGUCCGAGUGGAUUUUCAAGUGGGAUGAAGAAGGCGAAGUUCCGUACGCCAUCCAAGGGGAUCAAUGGGUGACUUAUGAAAAUGUUUUAUCGGUCCAUCAGAAGGUGUCAUUUGCAAAGUCUCAAGGACUAGGUGGUGUUAGUGGCAUGAACUUGUCGUACGACGACUACAGGGGCAAGUGUGGUGAACGUUAUCCACUGACCAAGGCAGUGUGGAAUGCAUUUCGUACAUAG